AUGAAUAGUGAAUAUGAUUACUUGUUCAAGCUUUUGCUGAUUGGAGACUCCGGUGUGGGCAAGUCAUGCUUGCUGUUGAGAUUUUCCGACGACACCUACACCAACGACUAUAUCUCGACGAUUGGCGUAGAUUUCAAGAUCAAAACCGUGGAGCUGGACGGCAAAACAGUGAAACUACAGAUCUGGGAUACUGCUGGUCAGGAGCGGUUCAGAACCAUCACGUCGUCUUACUACAGAGGUGCACACGGUAUCAUCAUUGUGUAUGAUGUAACAGACCAGGACUCCUUCAACGAUGUCAAAAUGUGGCUGCAAGAAAUCGACCGGUACGCUACCGCAGGAGUGUUGAAACUCAUGGUGGGCAACAAGAGCGAUUUGCAGGACAAACGUAUGGUCGAGCACGACGUCGCCAAAGAGUUUGCGGAUUCGCUGCAAAUCCCGUUUUUGGAGACGUCCGCGCUGGACUCUUCCAACGUCGAGGAGGCGUUUUUGACUAUGGCCAAACAGAUCAAGGACAGCAUGGCCCAGCAACACAGAGACUCCGGGAAGAAGGACGACAAGGCCAACGUGAAUCUAAAGGGCCAGAGCCUGUCGAACUCCUCCGGGGGCUGCUGUUGA